GCCAGAUCAGCGCACAUCGCCGAACACCAUCACCCAGGUCGCAGAACACAGCAGCCAUCGAAGCAUGGGCAAGUCGUCAAAGGACAAGCGAGACAUUUACUACCGGCUCGCUAAAGAGCAAGGAUGGAGAGCCCGCAGCGCCUUCAAGCUUCUGCAGCUGAACGAGGAGUUCAGCCUGUUCGAUGGUGUCUCGCGAUGCGUCGAUCUCUGUGCGGCCCCGGGAAGCUGGAGUCAAGUCUUGAGCAGAAACCUCAAGUGCCCAAGCCCGGAGGAGCGCCCCAAAAUCGUCGCCGUUGAUUUGCAGACUAUGGCCCCGAUCGAAGGAGUCAUUCAGCUGCAAGGCGAUAUCACAAAGCGAUCGACUGCCGAAAAGAUCAUCUCGUAUUUCGAUGGCCAGCUGGCCGACCUGGUUGUCAGUGACGGCGCUCCGGAUGUUACCGGGCUUCACGACAUGGACGAGUACAUCCAGGCUCAACUGCUGCUGGCGGCUCUCAACAUCACCACCCACGUUCUGCGUCCAGGCGGCUGCUUCGUCGCCAAGAUCUUCCGCGGAAAGGAUAUUUCGCUGUUGUAUGCACAGCUGAAGGUGUUCUUCCCUGUGGUGACCUGCAGCAAGCCUCGGAGCUCGCGCAACUCCAGCAUAGAGGCUUUCAUCGUGUGCCAAAACUACCAGCCGCCCACCGGCUAUGUGCCAACCAUGACCAACCCGUUGCUCGACGCAAAGUACGAUGAAAGCGAGAAUCAGCUGGCAGGCCCCAACCGGGUCAUUGUUCCGUACAUCACAUGCGGAGAUCUGAGUUCAUACGACUCGGAUCGCACCUAUCCCAUGACGUCCCAAUCGCUGGACCCCGUACAGUCGCCCAUCGCUCCUGCGUACAAAACCUACAUCGAUCUGAAGCGCAAGCACGAAAUCUAGAAGCAUGAUCUGCCUUCCAACCAAGGCAGCAGAACCUGGUGCACAGUUUGGUGUCGUUACCCGAUAUGCCGGGGGGGGGCCUUUUGGGCCACCCCUGCCCUCCAAGCGUACUGGACUCUAUGAUCCAGGGAGUCCAAGUAACCGCCCGCUGGUCCACUCGGUCUCGCAACGGGACUGUCUUGUUGGGUGUUAUCACCAUAUAGUCAGCCAGUGUACGCACAUGCAUGUCUCCUCCUCCCUGCUCGAUGCAAAGUCGCACGCAUAGCAAGUCCCCGCAAAUGGCCACGGCCAGGACGAUACAUAUGACUCGGUCAUAUAUUAUAAAGUGCGUGCCUCGUAUCCAAA